AUGGAUUUCAAAAAGAGAAAGGGUUUUGGAGAUAAUGUUGGAGAGUUGGAUAUUUUCAAACCUAAGGAGUCUCUGGAUAGGACACCGCCAGAGAAACGAAAAAAAUUAAUUUACUCUGUUAUUCAAGAAGCCAGGGCGUCUAUGAAAAGAACGUUCGACCAGGUUGUGGAUUCUGAAUAUUACAGGAUGGACGAGUUUCUGUCUACUUACACGAUCGACAGUAGGCCAGUGAGUUUUCAGCCAAGGGGUCUGGUUAAUCGAAACAAUUAUUGUUACUUGAACGCGAUUUUGCAAGCCCUGAUCGCAUGCCCACCAUUUUACAACAUGCUAAACUGUCUGAGCGAAAACAUCCCUUCGAACGUAAGAAGAAAGUCCAUCCCAUUUAUAGUCGGAAUGUGUCGUUUUGUGAGGCAGUUUGACUGCUCGCCUUCCAAAAUAAGGAGGCAAGAUAGGGGAGUGGGUAAACUUUCCGUGAUCAUCAAAACGUGCACCCCAUUCAGCCCGAGGUGUAUUCAUAAAUUGUUGCAUAGCAUGCGGACAGACUGGAUAGAAGGUAGACAGCAAGAUGCGGAAGAGUUUCUAAGUUUUCUUUUGAACGGUCUAAAAGACGAAAUGAUGGAGUUGUUUAAAUGUUGCUCUGAAGAGGGAAAUCCUCCUGUUGACUCUGCUACCGGCGAUAAUUCAAGUGAUGAGUGGAAGCUUCAAGGAUCAAAAAAUAGUGGAUAUGUAUACAGAAGGACCAAUUUUGCCAGUACACCGGUAAGCGACAUCUUUGAGGGAAAACUGAAGUCGAGCAUACAUCGUGCCGGAGGUCACAUCACAGAAAAUAUCCAGCCUUUCCUCACGCUGCCUCUCAACGUUGGAACAGUUCAGAGUGUCAGGGGAGCGCUCGACCUAUUCAUCUCCAAAAACAGAUUGGAAUGUAAUGGCCAGGUCGAAGCUUGGGAGCAAGUGGCACUCCACGAACCUCCUGUUGUCCUUAUCUUGCAUUUGCAGUUUUUCGAUUUCAGCCACGGCGGUUGCACUAAGAUCGUCAAAGAUUUGGACUAUGAAUUCGAUUUGAAUAUUGAUUCGAUACUGGAUUCGUCGAAAUCACACUCUCCAGAAGAGAAGCAGUACAAGCUAUUCGCCGUCGUGUACCACGACGGCGAUGAGGCUGACAUGGGACAUUACGUAACCGAUGCCUUCCAUGUCGGCUACAACUGUUGGUUGCGGUACAACGAUUCCUCGGUCAAGACCGUGCAGGAUGAGUACGUGUUGAAGCCCCAGGGCACUCGGGUUCCUUAUCUACUGUUCUACAGGCGUAGCGAUAUGAUGUGA